AUGAUAGUUGAUUUCGAUUAUGAUGAGCUGGACCAGGAGCCAGACGAAGAAAAGAGCGUAGAGGAGGCGUGUAGUGAACCUCACCAGGAGGAAGCCCCGUCAAACUUCCGCAUGUUUCAAGGGGUGGAUACAGACUAUCUACGCUCUCUUGAGGAGGCAGUUAUCAGCUUGAAACUUCAACUUAUUAUGACUAAGGCAAGGGUUGUGCAAGCCGAGCGAAAAGUAGAGGUAAUCACCCAUGUGGUGGAUGAACUGGUUGAAUUUCUGGUGCGUCACCUCGACAAUUGA